AGUUGUAUCAGGGCUUCUUUCAGGAUAUUCUCUUCAGUUCGUCUUUUGAGUGCUUGUUCUGACCCCACCCCCGUCUCCCCCUGCUCCUUUAAUCCGUGUCGCAGUGAAAGAAAGGGAAGAAAGGGAAGAAAGGGAAGAGGGCGCGGAGAGAAUAGUGCAACGGUCCCUGAAUCAUUCCAGAUGGCUGCCUCUGAAUCACUCGAUGAGAUUGGGUUCUCGGGUUUAGAGCUGGAAGGAGCUGGUGUUCCGGAGAGAGGCGGCUCUGGUGUGACAGUUCCCCGCUCAGUAGUGGCUUAAUAUCGGCUUUAGGUUUGUUGGAGGUCAGGCAGAAUCUCAAGACCUGGAGGGUUGUUAGUUUGAUGAAGGAUACAGACGGUUUAUUUGAACGCAGCUGCUAAAUUGUCAAAUUUGCAGCUGCUAACUUGGUCAAAUCUGGUGAACGUUUUGUCAAAUUUGCAAUCAAAAACUCCUUAAGUGACUUGCCUUGGAAGCAAAAUUGCCAGUUUUGUGAGAUGGUCACAUGAAUGCAGCAUGAUUACCAAAAAAGCCAAUUUGCAGCUUUAGCCUGGCUCAGUAAACAAUCAGAGACUCCCACCCACACACACUCCCACACAUGUGCGCCGUUUGCCAUGAAUCUGGCCACCAAGCUGCGGAGGAAUCUGAGGAGGCUGGUCAUCCUCCUCGCCACCUUCUGUAUGGUCAGUGUUUUAGUCUCCGCCUACUAUCUUUACACAGGUUCCACCCAAGAACUGGACCUCGCAGACCGCGCCAUAGGCCCAGACUGUGCCGACCUCCGGGUGCUCCCUUUCCGGCAGUCAGAGCCUCGGACGGCUAAACCAAUUAAUCCAUCCCGUAAGGACCCAGUGGUGCUGGUGUUUGUGGAGAGUCAGUAUUCUCAACUAGGACAGGACAUCAUAGCCAUUCUUGAAUCUAACCAAUUCCGUUACCACGCCGAAAUUGCGCCGGGAAAGGGUGACAUCCCGCCACUAACGCACAAAGGCCGUGGACGCUAUGCACUGGUCAUCUACGAGAACCUUCUGAAGUAUGUUGGGAUGGACGCGUGGAACCGUGACCUGCUGGAUAAAUACUGUGCAGAAUUCAGUGUCGGGGUCAUCGCAUUUCACCGCGCAAGUGAAAACUCUCAGCCUUCGCUGCAACUCAAGGGUUUCCCUCUGACAUUGCGAGCAAAUGUUGCACUUCAAGACUGCUGCGUAAACCUGCGCUCACCUCUGCUCUACAUAACGCGGGCAGAAGUUGACCGAGGGCCCUUACCGGGAGAGGAUUGGACUGUGUUUCAGUUCAACCACUCCACCUAUGAACCAGUGCUCUUGGCCAAAACUCGGCCCAGUGAGAGUAGGGCAGCCCAGAUGAUACCAGGUCCACAUGGUCUUCAUGCUACAGUUGUGCAGGACCUGGGUCUAUAUGAUGGGGUGCAGCGCGUGUUGUUUGGUCAUGGGCUGAGCUACUGGUUACACAGACUCAUACUGGUGGAUGCCAUCGCCUAUCUCACAGGCAAGAAGCUGUCACGAUCUCUGGAACGGUACAUCCUGGUUGACAUAGACGAUAUUUUUGUGGGGAAGAAAGGGACAAGAAUGAAUGUCAAUGAUGUGAAGGCUCUUCUGGAAACACAGAACAUGUUGAGGUCAUACAUCUCAAACUUUACCUUUAACCUGGGCUUUUCUGGGAAAUUCUUCCACACAGGUACGCAGGAAGAAGAUGAUGGAGAUGAUCUGUUGUUGAAAUAUGUUGAUGAGUUUUGGUGGUUUCCUCAUAUGUGGAGUCACAUGCAGCCUCAUCUCUUCCACAAUGAGUCCUCACUCAUGGAACAAAUGAUCCUAAACAAAGACUUUGCUUUGGACCAGAGUAUUCCUGUAGAUCUGGGAUAUGCAGUGGCCCCUCAUCACUCUGGUGUGUAUCCAGUCCAUAUUCAGCUUUAUGAGGCUUGGAAGAAAGCCUGGGGAAUACAAGUGACCAGUACUGAAGAAUACCCACACCUCAAACCCGCACGCCACCGCAAGGGAUUCAUCCAUAAAAACAUCAUGGUGCUUCCCCGUCAGACAUGUGGCUUAUUCACACAUACCAUCUUCUAUAAAGAAUAUCCGGGAGGCCCUAAAGAACUGGACAAAAGCAUACGAGGAGGAGAGCUCUUUCUGACUGUCCUACUCAACCCUAUUACCGAUGGUGCUGUGGUGGUACAUACGGCAAAAAAGAUCAGUAUAUUUAUGACUCAUCUCUCCAAUUAUGGGAAUGACCGCUUGGGACUAUAUACAUUCACUAACCUGGCUAACUUUCUGAAAUGCUGGACCAACCUGAGACUACACACACUUCCUCCCCUGCAGAUCGCACACAAGUAUUUCACACUCUUUCCAGAGCAGAGACAUCCACUCUGGCAGAACCCAUGUGAUGAUAAACGGCAUAAGGACAUCUGGUCCAAAGAGAAGACUUGUGACAGACUGCCUAAGUUCUUGGUGGUCGGGCCUCAGAAAACAGGCACAACGGCACUCUACCUCUUUCUUAUCAUGCACCCCUUCAUUUCCAGCAACUUUCCUAGUGUGAAAACUUUCGAAGAAGUUCAAUUUUUCAACACCAACAAUUACCAGAAAGGGAUUGACUGGUAUAUGGAGUUCUUUCCUGUACCUUCUAAUGUCAGCACAGACUUCCUGUUUGAGAAGAGUGCAAACUACUUCCCCUCAGAGGAGACGCCCAAACGAGCUGCUGCACUCCUGCCCAAAGCCAAGAUCCUCACUCUGCUCAUUAACCCUUCAGACAGGGCCUACAGCUGGUACCAGCAUCAGUGGGCUCAUGAAGACCCAGCAGCAUUGCAGUUCAGUUUCUAUGAGGUCAUUUCAGCUGACCAGCUUGCUGCACCUGAACUGCGCUCUCUUCAGAACCGCUGUCUUGUACCUGGACUCUAUGCCACACACCUGGAGAGAUGGCUGACAUACUACCCUCCAAAUCAGCUGAUGAUUAUAGACGGACAGCAGUUGAGGAAUGACCCAGCUAAAGUGAUGGACGAGCUUCAAAAAUUUCUGGGUGUCACUCCUUAUUACAACUACUCCCAGGCACUCACGUUUGAUCCUCAGAAGGGCUUCUGGUGCCAGCUGCUGGAGGGGGGCAGGAUUAAGUGUUUGGGGAAGAGCAAGGGCCGCAAAUACCCAGCCAUGGACUCUGAGUCACGAGCCUUUCUCUCCAGGUUCUACAGGGAUCAGAACAUUGAAUUAUCUAAGCUGCUACACAGAUUGGGUCAGCCUCUUCCAGCCUGGCUCAGAGAGGAGCUACAGAAGGUCAGGUAGCCCUAACCAAACCACUGCUCCUCUGGGUCAAAGCUCCAGGUUCACACCUCCAAGCAAACUAGACACUUGAACAGUACUCAGUGCCUCCCACCUGCAAGCUUGUGGAGCAAAGGUCAAAAAAUGCAACUCACCAAACACUGGUGCUUCUGGAAAUUUAAUAUGUCCAUGGCAACAUGAAUAUUUGCUGCAAAAGGUAAAAUUUUGAAAAUACACAAUAGGCAGUGAAAUACAAUGAUGUAACUGUGACCCUUGAACUUCACAUGCAGCCGAAUAAUGACUGCAUAAAGACUGCAUAUCUGAAAAAAAUGUAAACCCUAACAGAAUUCACACUAUAUUUAAUGUCACUUCCCCCAUCAGACACUGGACAUAGAUUUUAUACUUGAUAAAGAGAUUUAGAACUGAACAAUGUCUGGCACAACCACUGUUCAUAACCUCACUUUUGCAAAUAUAUCAGUCAAUCAAUGAGCCAAGCAUAGUGAGGAUGCUAAAUUGUAAGAAUCACUUACAGAGAAAUAAAGAGCACAGUGAAGUUGGAGUCUUUCAUUUUGCUGCAUUAGCUUUAAACUGGUCAAUGGAGUGAUAUCAUUGUGAUGUCAAUGUCUCAGUCCAUGUCUCAGUUUCUGUUUCGUUAGACACAAUGGCCUGAGGAGUGAGAAUCAUUUAGGUAUCAGUUUGUGUGCGCGUCUGUGCAAGGGCAAAUACACUUGCACGUAUGUGCGUCUAGACGUAUGUCUGUAGCCAGGUAGCCUUAGCUCCGCCCACUGGACUGCAACUGGUUGGCUGAUGGAUUUGAAAUGUGACUUUUAUUUUUUAAAUUGUUUUGCCUCAAUACAGUGAGAAAGUGUUUUGAAAAAUAUGUAAAUAACUAUAUAUAUAUAUAUAUAUAUUCAAUAAACACUGGGAAGAUUCAUGUUUCAG